AUGACUUUGGGAAGUUAUGUGUGCAAUUUCUUAUGGGCUCUUACCAGUUCUACCGGCUUGAUAUUCAGCAUGACUUAUUUAUUUAAUAACAAAGGGGAGAAUAUAAAUUUGGGAUGGUUUCUUGAGAAGAGUUCUCCAUAUAUGUGGGCAUUUUUGGGCGUGGCUUUAGCUGUCACAUUGUCGGUUGUUGGCGCCGCGAUGGGAAUUUUUGUGGUCGGUGUUAGUAUUGUUGGCGGAGGCGUCAAAGCUCCCAGGAUCAAGACGAAGAACUUGAUAUCGAUCAUCUUCUGCGAAGCUGUCGCCAUCUAUGGCCUCAUCACUGGAAUCAUUCUGACAGGAAACGUGAGAAUGCGUGAUUACGGCGAAGAUUCCACGAAAAGGCAUAUUCUUUAUUCGGGGUUCGUGAAUUUUGGGGCCGGUUUGACGGUGGGCUGCGUCAACUUGGCCUGCGGUGUUGCUGUGGGCAUCGUCGGCUCAGGCGCAGCUUUGGCGGACGCUGCGCACGCGGCGCUCUUCGUCAAAAUUCUGAUCAUAGAAAUCUUUGGCUCGGCCAUCGGUUUGUUUGGUUUGAUUGUGGGUAUUUACAUGUCGAGUAGAAUAGGACAGGAUUCUAAAUAA